AUGAACGAUCAAGACGAUCGUCUGAGUGCAGAAGUGGCGUUGCUCGAGAGCAUGUACCCCGAGCAGCUUCACUUCGACCCAAGGGCACAAGAGGUGAGCUAUAAAUCAGCCAGUGGUAGUCUCCAAGUGAGGCUUCCAGCGGGAUAUUUGCAUGAUUCACCGCCUGACAUUCUCGCCGCCGGUGCUGGCAGAAGAGACCUGCGGUCAGAUCUGAAGAAGCGCAUCACAGAUCUCGCUAUCGGUGAGGAGGUACUGGACUCUAUCAUUGCGAUCUUUGAUGAGCUCUGCGAAGAAGUCGAACGCCAAGCAGCUUCCAAUACUUCUGCUCAAGCUCACAAAUAUGAGACUACACAAGCACCAGAGCCAAAAGCCACGGUAGUAAUCUGGCUCCAUCACUUACUCAACACAAACAAGCGGAAGCAAGCUCUCUCGCCACCAUCCUCUGCAGUAUCGGGAUUGUCCAAGCCUGGCUAUCCCGGUGUGCUCGUGUACUCCGGGCCCUCCUCAGGCGUACAUGAGCAUGUCAAUGAACUUAAGCAGCUGAAUUGGGCAGCUUUCCAGGUUAGGUUUGAGACGGACGAAGAAUGGAUCUUCGAGCACGGAACUGGAGUCAAGGAGGUGGAAGCGAUGAAGGAUCUGGUUGUGGAUGUUGGAGAAGCAAGGAGAGAGGAGUUCAUGGAGGCCAUGCGCAUGAAGUGA